UGUUUGUUGUGUGUAGCGUUUUUUAUACCGCUUUCGCCGCUUUCUAAUCUAGUUUUGUAAACAUUGAUUCAAAAUGUUACAUCUCCUAAAAUCAUUGAAAUAUACAAUAUAUUACUAUAUGUUAGGAACUGUUGGUAUAAUUGAAGAUUUCUUUUAUCGGAGGUAUAAUAAGUGUGAGUUGCAGAAUCGCACAGAUGAGGUGGCAGUCAUCACGGGUGGCGCCAGAGGCAUUGGAGCUGAAGUCGUGAAAAAGUUACUUCUGUGCGAUAUGCAUGUCAUCAUAGGUUGUCGAGACGUAAGCAAGGGCACAGAGAUGGUGCGAGGGCUGAGGGCACAAGGUAUCACCUCCGGUUCCACUUCCAUACUGCCACUGGACAUGGCUUGUCUGGACUCUGUGAGAGCAUUCGCCACGGCCGUCCUUCACUCUCGGCCUCGUCUGGAUCUUCUGAUCAACAAUGCUGGCAUCAUGUUCCCGCCAUACAGUGAAACAGUGGAUGGGUUCGAAUCCCAGUGGGCCGUCAACUACCUAGGUCACUUCCUGCUCUCGCACCUGCUGCUGGCCUGGCUUCACCAGUCCCCCUCCAACAAUCCCAGGAUUGUCAACAUCUCCUCGUGUGCUCACCAUGCAUCCUUCCCAAUUGAUUUCAGUGAUAUCAACAUGAGAAAACGCUUCAUCACGCAGGCAGCGUAUGCCCAGUCGAAGCUAGCUCAGCUCAUGUUCACACAGCUGUUACAUCGUGAGUUGCGUGCUAUCGACUCUAGAGUGAGUGUGGUGGCCGCCCACCCUGGCAUCGUAGACACCGACCUCUUCAACGGCACCCUCAUGAAGACUGUCAUGCCAUGGGCUCCUGGCCUGCUUUUUAAGACACCCGAGGAAGGUGCGACCACUGUGAUGUACGCAGCGCUACACGCGAGAGGAGGAGACUACAUCAGCAACUGUCGCUCGGUAUACAUGUCUACGCUCGCCCGUGACAAGAGGAAACAGAAAGAGCUCUUCUCACACUCCCUGCACAGCUUGGGCAUCAAUUCCUUCGGAGGACUUUUAUAGUCGGUCAAAGUAGUUUGAACAGAAAUGAACUGGCAGUAUUAAUAUUAAUUUAUUUUAGAUUUUGUUAAAUGUUAUCUGUUAUUUAUCGUAAUUUAACUGUUUGUUGUUGCAUUUAUCAGUCAGUAUUAUUUUUACUUUAAUAAAGUAAUUUUUUAUAAUAA